UCGCCUGCAAGCUCCCUCUUGAAAGGUCUUCAGCUCCAAACAAGCUCAGACCCGCCACCUGCUCAGGGGACAAGAUCAGACCCUCUGGCUAGAGACCUCUCCAGGGGCUUCUGGUAUCUUUCCCCCACGUUUUCACGGGACCAGCACCAUGAUCUUGAAAGCUCCACAGAAGUCAGGAAUUGUCUUCAUGAUUAGGAAGGGGGCCUAUGGGUGCCCCCUGGCUGAGCCUGGACCACAGUUUGUGGGAAUCUCCUGUUAGAUCUUCAGUCAAGUUAAACAUUGGGCUGAGAUGAUUGACGUGAAGACCACUCAGGACAUCAGCAGCCAUGAGGCGGAGCUGGAGUGUAAGAUCUGCUACUGUGCCUACAACCUGGGUGGUCGCAGGCCAAAGGUGCUGGAAUGCUGCCACCGCCUGUGUGCCAAAUGUCUUGCGAAGAUCCAGGACCUGAGAGAGUCGCCCCCAAGUACUGUGGUGUGCCCCUUCUGCCGCUAUGUCACCACCCUGAUGGAGGAGGCACCGAGCAGCCUGCCAGACGACUGCAACCUGGUGGCCAUAUUGGCUCUGCAAAGCAAAAACCACAGGAACCUUCAGUACCACCAGGAGACCACCACAGAACUGCUGCUGGACCCGAGAAACCUGAGCUCCUUAAGGGGGGGUGACCCUUCUGCUUACUCCUCCAUCCGAGGCUCACCUAACUUUGUGGUCAUCACCAUCAUGGAGCCUCCGCCACCUCCCUCCCUGAGCCAGGACCCCCCGCACCAGCCAUGUGGACCCCAUGCCACAAACCGCUCGUCCAGCCAGGACUCCAUGGCGUCCAUUGCACACAGGUGGACCUUGUGGAACUGCGCUGCCCUCCUGUGCCAGACCUCGGUGAGGGCGCUUGUGUGGAUGCUGGGUCUGCUCUACUUCAGCUCACUGCCCAUGGGCGUCUACCUGCUCAUCAUGCAGCAGACCACCAUGGGAGUGCUGCUGGUCACCCUGGUCCCUGCCAGCCUGGUCAUGAUUAUGGUCUACGGCUUCUGCCAGUGUGUCUGCCAGGAGGUCUGGAAGUGUAUGCCGUCAUAGUGGGACCAAUGGGGGAGGCUGCAUCUAGCGUAGGAUGCUAGCAAGUAUUUCGACCUGCAGUGUAGGUCUCACCCAUCAGUCUACUAAAGUCUUUGAGCUUUUAGGGCCACUAUACUACCUCCUCCUUAGAACAGUUUUUCCAGGGUAGAAGUCAUCUUUUAUAGCUACAAGAGAACAUACAUGUGAUGUUUGUGUUUAAUACAUGUUUAGUCUAACAAUAAAAACACCAAAAAGUU